GGGUGAGUAACAGCAUGACACCAGUGAUUAGCAAUGCAAAGCUCUGGUUCUGCACCAUAAUCUGCACUAGUGAAACAUCAACCCUUUCCUCUGCGACUUCAACUUCAGCCUUUUCUUCUGCUUAGGGACCUCAUCAACCGCAGAUCUGGAAUCAAAAAUGAACUGGGCGUCUUUUUAUGCCGUGAUUAGCGGCGUGAACCGGCAUUCCACCGGCAUAGGGCGGAUCUGGCUGUCAGUCCUCUUCAUAUUCCGAAUUAUGGUUCUGGUGGUGGCGGCGGAAAGUGUGUGGGGUGAUGAGAAAGCCCAUUUCGUCUGUAACACCCAGCAACCUGGAUGCAACAGUGUAUGUUAUGACCACUUCUUUCCCGUCUCUCAUAUCCGGUUGUGGGCACUGCAACUGAUUGUGGUCUCUACCCCCGCCCUGCUGGUGACCAUGCACAUUGCACAUCGUCGGCAUAUCGAUAAAAAGUUGUACCACCAGGCUGGCCGCACCAGUCCCAAGGAACUGGAGCAGAUAAAGACGCAAAAAAUGAAGAUUACUGGUGGUCUCUGGUGGACAUACAUGAUUAGCCUGUUGUUCCGUGUGUUGUUUGAAUCAGCUUUUAUGUAUUUGUUCUAUAUGAUUUACCCUGGCUAUAAAAUGUUCAGGUUGGUAAAGUGUGACUCAUACCCUUGCCCAAACAUAGUUGACUGCUUUGUGUCUCGGCCAACAGAGAAAACAGUGUUCACUAUAUUUAUGCUUGUGGUGUCUGGCAUCUGCAUCCUGCUCAACAUUGCGGAAAUCGUCUUUCUUGUUGCCAGGGCAACAAGUCGACAUCUGAACAAUUCCAAGGACUCUCCUGUGGGAGCUUGGAUUUCUCAGAAACUGUGGUCCUUUUAGAAUUGAUGCAAAAAAUGCAGUAAAACUCACUCUACUCUAAACUCUAAAAUAUAUUUCACUGAAACACCUAAUUGCUUUAACUAAACAUUUUAAUUGUACACCUCAGAAAUAAGAAACUGUGUCCAAAAUGACACACUACACACUAUGUACUUAUACACUAUGCACGCAGUAUAUGAAUUUUCAAAGUGUGGUAUCGUCCCAAAUGGAAGAAUAACUUUUUAUUUUUUGCAUUUCUUGCAGCUGGCAGAAAUUAUGGUUCAAAUGCAUGUGAUAUGUUGCAGCUAGCAUUAGCAUGUUAGCUAAUGUUAACAGAAACUUCUGUUCCAUGAGUUGCUACAUUUACCAUUAAUUACAAUCGUUUUGUCAGGCCAGAUAUGUAGUAACUUUCGUUUUUUAAAUUUUAAGUGUGAACAUACUACACAUACUACUUGCAAUACAAAAUGACGUGGAAUAAUGCAGAAGUGUGCGAUUUGUGACACAUCUUAAAUAUAAACUCAGAAUUUUUAAAUAUGUACAUAAUGUUAGCCUACUCCAUAUGAUUUUAGACCAGUGUUUAAAUCAAUUCACACUGUUAAAUGAAAUGUUAAAUAAAAUCUUUAAUUUACUUUAUGUGUGGGAGAAUCUCUCUAAAGUUUAUCUAAUUGGCAAAUGUCAAGAUUCACCAAAGCACAUUUUCUCAAAUUGCUAGUGCUAAUAAACUUAUAACAGGUAUUGGCAUCUACAUAUUCAACAAUAAAGCAUUGUUGUAAAGUUUUAUCCACAAAAUGUGUUCAGGCUGGGCAGAAAUCUGGGCUAUGUCCUGACCAUUGGCGUUUUGGUUAUACCUGUUUGAGAAUAUUUUAUUUUCUUAUAUUUUAAAUUAAAUGUGGGCAGGACCUCUGUUUUAAAACUGUGUUGGUAAAAUGUCUCUUAGUAAAAUUUUGA